CUUUGGGUGUGUAGUCCACUCUGCCUCUACAGCAACGGAUGACUAGCAGUGAACAUUUUCUUUGGUUCUUUUUCUUUGAACUCCUCACAGUUGUACUGAAUCAUAGGACUAGAAAGGAACAACUAUGGCUGAGGCAGUACACUUUGAUGAUCAGCGUGACAUGCCAGAUGAUGAAUUUGGGGAUAUUAUUAAAACUCGCACAGAUGAGAGGGAAGACAUUCAGAAGAAGACGUUCUCAAAAUGGAUAAACUCUCAAUUCUCCAAGGCUGGUAAACCUCCCAUUGAAGACUUGUUCACUGACCUUUGUGAUGGUCGCCGACUCCUAGAACUUCUGGAAGGCUUGAUUAAGCAUGAACUGAUAAAGGAAAAAGGUUUCACAAGAGUGCACUCUCUCAAUAAUGUGAACAGGGCACUUCAGAUUCUACAGAAGCAUAAUGUUGAGCUUGUAAACAUUGGUGGAGCUGACAUUGUUGAUGGCAAUCACAAACUUAUACUUGGCCUCAUCUGGAGUAUAAUUCUCCACUGGCAGGUAAAAGGUGUUUUGAAGGAUCUGAUGGCAGGAUUACAGCAGACUAGUAGUGAGAAGAUCUUGCUGAGCUGGGUCAGGCAAUCCACUAAAGCAUAUCCACAAGUCAAUGUGCUCAAUUUUUCCAGCAGUUGGGAAGAUGGCCUUGCCUUCAAUGCCCUCAUACACAGUCACAGGCCUGAACUCUUUGACUGGCGAGUGAUUGAGGAGAAGAGUUCAGCAUUGGACAGACUGGAACAUGCCUUCAGUAUGGCAGAAAAACAUUUGGGGAUUGAUAGACUUCUGGAUCCAGAGGAUGUGGCAACCUCACAUCCUGAUAAGAAGUCAAUCAUCAUGUAUGUCACAUCCCUGUUCCAAGUGCUACCACAUCUUCUUACCAUGGAAGCCAUCCAGGAAGUUGACACCUUACCUGCAACACGUAUCACACAAGAGGAGCUCAUACAGAGUCACAUUCAACAUCACUACUCACAGCAGAUCACAGUGAGUGUUGCUCAGGGUCGGGUUCGCAGCCCGUCCCCUUCAGCUAGGUCCCAUUAUAAAAGCUAUGCCUUCACACAAUCUUCAUAUAUCCAGUCACCUGAGCAAAAGAGGAGUCACUCAAUCACACAGGAAUUGAGUAAUGUGGGGCUUGAAGCAUACCAAAGUGCUUUGGAGGAAGUUCUAACAUGGCUUUUGUCUGCUGAGGAUGGCCUGCAGUCACAGCCCCCAAUUUCUGAGUGUGUGGAAGAGGUCAAAGAGCAGUUCCAUACACAUGAGGGCUACAUGAUUGAGCUCACAUCUCAUCAAGGCAGUGUAGGGCAUGUGCUUCAAAUGGGAGGGCAAAUUUUGGCAGAAGGAAAACUAAGUGAGGAAGAAGAGGGAGAGGUGAGAGAACAGAUGAACCUCCUUAAUUCACGUUGGGAACACCUGAGAGUAAGCAGCAUGGAGAGACAAAGCAGGCUCCACGAAGUUCUGAUGGAACUGCAGCACCAGCAGCUGAAGCAACUCGCUGAUUGGCUAGAAUUAACAGAAGGCCGGAUCAAACGGAUGGGGACUCAGACACUUGGACCAGACUUGGAAAAUAUUAAGCAACAAGUAGAGGAACAUAAACUUUUGCAAGAAGAUCUUGAACUGGAGCAGGUUAAGGUAAACUCUCUGACUCAUAUGGUUGUUGUUGUGGAUGAGACAAGUGGAGAUCAUGCUACAGCUGCGCUGGAGGAGAAACUGAAGCAUCUUGGAAACCGCUGGGCUGCCAUUUGUAAGUGGACAGAAGAACGUUGGAUCCUUUUACAGGAAGUCCUUCUGAAGUGGCAGGAUUUUACAGAAGUACAGUGUGAGUUUGAAAGAUGGUUAACGCAGAAGGAACAGCAGGUGAACUCAAUUUACAGAAUAUCUGAUUCGCAGAGUGAUGCAGCAACCAGACUCAGAAACCUUGCUCUGCUGAAAGCAGAACUGGAAGUGAAGCAGCAUUCUCUUGACCAUCUCCGCUCCUUGAGCCAGGCCCUUAUCUGCAGUGUCAAAAAUAAGGAAGUAGCUCAAAAACUGGAAGCACGGCUGGAAAACUUAAACCAACGCUGGGACUGCCUUCUGCAGCUGCUUGAGAAAAGUACUAAGCAGAUUUCACCAUCUGUCAGAUUACAGACCACAUCACAGACAGAAGUCAAGCAAACUGUCAUGGCAUCUGUAACUAAAGUUACUACUCGAGAGAAGGUCAUGAUGAAAUACUCAAAGGAGAAACUGCCCUCCUCUCCUCCCCAGAAGAAAAGACAGAUUGUAGUUGAUGCUGAGCUCCAGAAACGGUUUGACAUGGACUUCACUGAGAUUCACAGCUUCAUCACUCGUGCAGAGGCCAUUCUCAAAAGCCCAGAGUUCUCUGUGUCCCGCAAAGAGAGAAAUCUGGCAGACCUGCAAGAUAAAGUGCUGGCAAUAGAACGAGAGAGACCAGACAAGUUCCGGAAGCUUCAAGAAGCUACACGGUCAGCUCAGGCUCUCAUGGAUCAACAUGAUGAAGGUGGUUCCAUAACAGAGAAUAUUUAUCUGGCAGCACAACAGCUGAGCAGUCGCUGGGAGGCAUUCUGUGCCCUGUUAGUUGAGCGACUUGCCUGGCUAGACUAUCAGAGCCGUAUUCUGGCCUUCUACAAUCUUUAUCAACUACUGGAGCAAAGUGUGGCCUCUGCAGACAGCUGGAUAAAGUUGACGCCACUGCCUCCCAGUGAACCUGAGCCGAUCAGAAACCAGCUUGAUCGUUGCAGGGAUGAGAUUUCACGUCUCACAGCUUUGGAGCCAUCUUUGGAUCAGCUGAAGGACCAGUUGGAUGAACUGAAAGGCACUGAAAUGCCUUCAGAGCCUGUUUUCUUUGACACGGAUAUACCAAGUCUAACCGAACAUUACUAUAAUGUUCUGGAGGAGUUACGCAAACGUGAAAAACAGUUAAUUUUGGUGCAAGAAAGUUUGCCCCCUGCACGCUACAAGGAAACUGUGGCAACUCUUCUGUCCUGGCUGCAGCAGUGUGAAGCUAAGCUUGCUGCCCCAUCAGCUGCUGUGACAGAGCUGCCAAUCAUGGAACAACGACUCAAAGAUAUACAGGGGCUUAAGAGUACUCUGCAAGACCACCAGACUGAGGUGGACUAUCUGACAUCUACAGUGGAGCAGGUGUUCCAGAAAGCUCCUCCAGAGAUGUGUCAGCGCUAUCGUAACGAGAUGGAUGCAAUCAUGACCCGCUGGAAAAGCCUAACUGUGCAGCUAGAUGAGCACUCAUGCAAGAUACAGGAGCAUAUAAACCAGCUGUCACAGUUUCAGAAUGACACUCAAACAUUGUGUAAAUGGAUGGCUGAAGUGGAGGUAUUCUUGAAUGAAGAGUGGCCAGCAUUGGGAGACACUGAGGCUCUGGAGAAGCAGCUGGAACAAUGCACUGCAUUGGUAAAUGACAUACACACCAUCCAGCCAAGUGUGAAUGGAAUUAAUGAGGUGGGUCAGGCCCUGAAGAAGGAGGCAGAACCUCCAUUUGCAGCUAAACUUUCAAAAGAACUGGAAGAGCUGAACACACAGUGGGAGAACAUUUGUAAACAGGCAUAUGCAAAGAAAUCUGCUCUUAAAGGGGGUCUUGAUAAGACAGUGAGCCUUCGGAAGGAAAUGCAGGAGAUGCAGGAAUGGAUCACACAAGCUGAAGAAGACUAUUUGGAGAGAGACUUUCAGUACAAGAGUCCUGAAGAAUUACACAAAGGUGUGGAAGAGCUGAAGAGGGCACAAGAGGAGGUAAAUCAGAAGGAACAGAAGGUGAACUUAUUAACAGACACUGUGAACAGCUUUAUUGCUAAGGCUCCUCCAGUUGCCCACGACUCCUUGAAGGCAGAGUUGGACAUCUUGACAACAAACUACCUUCAUCUGUGUAGUCGCCUUAAUGGCAAAAGCAAGACUUUGCAGGAGGUAUGGGCCUGCUGGUGUGAACUGCUGGCAUAUUUACAGCAAGAGAAUGGUUGGCUGGAUGAGCUGGAGAGGAAACUGGAUGAGAUGGAGAACAUUGAAGGUGGAGUGGAAGAGCUUACAGAGACCCUGGAGGCUUUGGAGAUAUUUGUGCGGGAGCACCCAGAGGAAGGACGCACACAGAUCCAGGAGCUAUCUCAAACACUGAUUGAUGGCGGGGUAAUGGAUGAACUCAUCGCACACAAACUGGAGGCUUUCAACACCCGCUGGGAUGAGCUGAUGCAGAGGAUGGUAUAUCGUCAGCAGGAGCUUGAACGCCGUAUUCAGUGGACACAGGAAAAUGAUAAGACUCUGCAAAGAAUCAACGAUUCUCUAAACACCACGGACCGACACCUUACUGCUUACCUCAGUGAUCAUAUUGAUGCCGCACAAAUCCCGCAGGAAGCACAGAAAAUCCAGACAGACCUUGCAGACCAUGAGGGGACUUUGAAUGACAUGAAGAUGAGGUUGAAAGAAACUGAGUUCUCUGAGUGCAUUAAAGGACAUCUGGAUGGCACAUGCAAAAGGUUGCAUGAAGUAAAUGCAAAAUUUAGGUUGUUCCAGAAGCCAGCCAACUUUGACCAGAGACUCCAGGAAUGUGAGAAUGUCCUUGCCGAGGUCAAGGCACAAUCUGGUGUUUUUGCAGUCCACAGCAUGGAACAAGAUGUGCUGCAAGCGCAACUUGAUGAGUGCAUGAAGCUGUAUAAAAGUCUCAGUGAGGUGAAGGGAGAAGUGGAAGCAGUGAUUAAGACAGGGAGGCAGGUGGUUCAGCGCCAACAGACAGAGAAACCAAAAGAACUUGAUGAACGCCUUACAGCACUCAAGCUUCUAUACAACCAGCUAGGAGCACAGGUGACGGAAGGAAAGCAAGAGCUUGAGAAGAGUCUGAAGUUGUCACGAAAACUGCGGAAGGAGUUGAACUGCCUGACUGAGUGGUUGGCAACCACAGAUGCUGAGCUCACACGUCGCUCAGCAGUGGAUGGGAUGCCUAAAAACCUGGAGGCAGAACUGGCCUGGGCGAAGGCAACCCAUGAUGAGACAGAGAGGAAGCAGCCACACUUGGCUGUGGUACGUGAACUGGCAGAGGCUCUUAAGAGUGUGUUAAAGGGUCAGGAGUGUCUGGUGGAAGAUAAGGUCAGCCUGCUUAACUGCAACUGGAUUGCUGUCACAUCUCGUAGUGAGGAGUGGCUUAAUCUGCUACAGGACUAUCAGAGGCAGAUGACCAUUCUAGAGGAGAACAUGGCAGAGAUCACUGCUUGGAUGGAUCAAGCAGAGAAACAAAUGGAUGAGUCAGAGCUGCAGGGGGGUGACGAACGUCUGUUUAUGAAUUUGCGUAUGGAACUCGACAACAUGCAUGGUAAAGUAGAGGUUUUCAAUGACCUUGCUGAUGACCUAAUCAAAAACCAUGGCGAACACUGUCAGGCCACAGUGCAACCCAAAGUUGAUCAGCUUAAUCAACACUUUCAUGCUGUUGCUCAGAGAAUUACUGAUGGACAGGUGUCUGCUCGGGAGCUGGAGCAGUAUCACAGUGAGGCUCUGAUUUGGCUAAAUCUGUUGGGAGAAGAGGUGGAAUAUGGUGAAAAUCUAAAAGAAGAGGAUUUUCAAGAGGAUAAGGACUGUGAGGAAGGGGCAGUGCAGGACCUAUUGCUGAAAGGACAGAGUUUGCAGAAGAGAAUUAAAGACCCGGAUCGCAGAGAAGCUGUCCACAACAAACACUCAAAUCUCAGCAGCAAAUAUGACACUGUGAAGGAUCUGCGAUUGGCAAGGAAGCACAAGGCUCUUGCCAUCGCUCCUCAGUGGUAUCAGUACCGCAGAAAAUCACAUGACCUGGUCCAGUGGUUGGAUGAUAUUGAGAAAACUGUGGCCGAGUUUCCUGAUCCUCCUGAAGUGUCAAGGAUGAAGGAGGUUGGCAGUGCACUGGAUCAGAAACAAAUGGAUCUAUGUGAUGUCUGUGAGCUGGGAGGUAUGCUGUCAAAAGCAGGUGCAGCCAAGCUGGUGGAGCCCAGUCUCCUCCAGCUGAACAGGCGCUGGAAGGAGGUGGAGCUUAAGUUUGCUCCAUUUCACCGUCAGAUUGAGCUUCAUGAUCUGCUGCAGACUGUUGCUGAGACAGAUGCCAUGUUAAAUUCACCUGAAUACUGGAGAGAGGCAUUUUCCUGCUUACCAAACCAGGAAAAAUGCCUAGAGGAGGUGAAACUUAAUCUUGAAAAGUUGGAGAGUCCUGUGACUGUGGCUUUGGAGAGGAAAGGGAUUGAUAUUGAUGCUGCCAGUGCCCAUGAGAAUAAUCUUCAUCAUCUUCUGUCUGUCAACUGGGACAACCUAAAAAAAUUAUACCACAACAGACUAGCGGGUUUUGAGUCCUCCAAAAAUAAAUGGCAGCUAUAUACUGACCAACAUAAGACCAUCGAUGAUUGGCUGACUGUUGCUGAGCAGACACUGGUCAAUGCUGAAGCUGGACUCAACCCUCAAAUAAGGAAAAACAUUAAGGUAUUAGAAGAUGAUGUAGGAAGCAGGCAAGAGACAAUAACAUCCCUGGCUGCCCUUGGAGGUGAGAUCAGUGGGCAGAUUUUUCCAGAGGACUCAAUCUAUAUACAACAACAGCUUAAGGACAUUAAUGCACGCUGGGAUAGCAUCAUCUGUAAGCUCAAUGAGAAAAAGAGAAGAUCCACAGACUUGCAGAAUACCAUUUCAGAAAUUCAGAUGGAUCUUGAUGACUUCUUGUCUUGGAUAGACAAGGCAGAGGGCAUUGUCAGAGAACCCCUUCAUCCUGGAGACUGUGAACAGCUCACUUCUGUACUGCAAAGAACCCAAGGAUGCUUGAGUGACCUGCCAAGAAGGAGAGCAUCAUUGGAAGACAUUCAGCAUCGAGCAACCUCACUGCCUAUAGAGCAUAGCCAACUGCUGGAGACCAAUCUCAUUCCUGUACUAUCCCGCUUCAAUCAGAUGGGUGUGGUGCUACCAGAGCGUGUUUCUGAGAUUGAGAGGCUGCUGCAGGAGCUUGGUGUGUAUCAAAAGCAACUGAAUGAACUUUCCUUGUGGGCUUCUAAAACACGAACAAAGCUAGAGUGCAACCCUGAUGCUGUAGACCCGAAGACUGAAGAGGAGGUGAAAAUGAAAAAGUCUGAAGUGGAAACAUUGCUGGCCAAAAAUCGCCCCACCUGGCAGCCUGAGCAGCAACAAUAUGAUGGCCUUGCUACUGACUGGAACUCCAUUCAAAUCCUACUGAAUGACUGGAGAGACAAAUGCAGUACUGUGGUUUGUCAGAAUUUGACUGGCAGUGGCCAAGCAGACAUGCCCUCUUUAGAUCAAUUCAAGCAAGCUUUGACAGAACUCUCUGAUUGGUUGUCACAUGUUGACCACAUGGUGCAGAACCAGAGGGUCACUGUUGGUGACAUAGAUGAAAUAAAUCAAAUGAUUGUCAAGCUGAAGGAAAGUCUACAGACCCUGGAGGAGAGAUGCCAUCAAUUGGAUGCUCAGAUAACUACAGCUCAGAACCUUAAGAACAAAACCACCUCUCAGGAGACGCGCUCUGCCAUUACAGACCACAUUGAUAAGUUACAGGUCCACUGGGAAAAUUCACAUCGCAGCUUAACUGACAGAAUUGUGGAGCUGCAGAAGAUGGCACAGGACUCAUGUGCAUGGUGCGAUGCCAAGAAGGAAGUGGAGCUACAUUUGAAACAAACCCAAGAAAAUAUGGAGACUUGGAGGGAACUCUCCUACACGGUGGAUGUGCUAAAGACCCAAAACCAUGAACUCAAGCUGUUGAUGAAGGCAAUACAGCAGUGGCAGCCACAAGUGGAUAAGACCAAUCAGCUUGCACAAAAGCUUAUCACACUCUACACUCAUGAUGAUACUCAUAAAGUAAAACAGUUAAGUGAUAACAUCAACAUGAGUCUUUCCAGCAUCAACAAGCGUGUUGGUGAAAGGGAGGCUGCUCUGGAGGCGGCUCUACGGUUUCUUCAGAAAUUCUAUCUGGACCUAGAACAUUUUGUGAACUGGCUCACAGAGGCAGAGACUACAGCCAAUGUACUUCAAGAUGCCACAUACAAAGAGCAACAGCCUACCUCACAGCAAUAUAUCCUUGAACAAUUGCAGGACUUGCAAGGGGAAGUGGAUGAGCACACAGAACAGUUCCACACACUGGAUGAGAAUGGCCAGCGUAUACUGGGCUCUCUACAUCACUCUGAUGAUGCUGCACUGCUGCAGAGACGUUUAGAGAACAUACAUCAACACUGGAAUGAACUGAGGAACAAGACUCUAAGCAUGAGGCCAUAUCUGGAUGUGAACACACAAAAAUGGAAGCAUCUGCACCUGAAUCUGCAGGAUCUGCUAGUAUGGCUCCAGCAGAGACAAGAUGAAUUAAACCAGCAGAAACCACCAGGCAGUGAUAUACCAACUAUCCAGCAGCAGCAAGACAAACACAGAGAAUUACAUUUUGAAGUCCAAGAGAAGGAGCCAUUGGUGAUCUCCUCACUGGAGGCAGUUAAAGCUUUCCUGUCAGAUCAGCCAAACUCAGAACCCCAGGCACCUGAUCUCAGGGGAGUUACUUCUGAGGAUCGAGCUCAGAAUGUUGGUCGAGUUCUACAAAAGGAAAUGGAUGAUGUGAAAUCAGAGUGGGCCAGACUUCAAGGAGCUUUGAUUGAUUGGCAGCGGACACUGGAGAAUCGUCUACAGCGUUUGCUAGAGCUGUAUAAAACUGAAGAUCACCUAGAAAUCCAGCUUAAAGAAGCAGAGAUGGUGAAAGAAUCAUGGGAACCUGUUGCAGAACUGCAAAUAGACUCACUCCAGGAACACGUUGAUUGUGUUAAGGAUUUUCAGGAAGAGAUUGGAUCAAUCCAGGAUGACAUCAGUUUGGUUAAUGGUCUAGCAGCAAGCUUUGAACCCCCAGAUGUUCUCUCACAAGUUGAUCUGGAACGUCUGGACAAUCUCAAUAGAAGAUGGAGGUUACUACAAAUAUCUAUAGAAGAAUAUCAGACACAGCUCACAGAUGCACAGAGGGACUUUGCUGCUAGUUCUCUGCAUCUUGUGCAUUCCUCUGUGAGCAGCCCUUUCCAACGGCAAGUUUCACCAAGCAAUGUGCCAUACUACAUCAAAAAAGAAAACAAAACAGGACCUGAAGACCUCCAGACAGACCACCAGACACAGACAACAAGCUGGGAUCAUCCCCAAAUGACCGAACUCUACCAGUCUUUAGCGGACCUGAAUAAUGUGCGUUUCUCAGCCUAUAGAACUGCCAUGAAGUUAAGGCGUCUUCAGAAAGCCCUGUGCUUGGAUCUGCUGGGGAUGUCGACAGCAGUGGAGGCAUUUGAGCAACAAGGACUGAGGCAGAAUGAGCAACUGAUAGAUGUGGUUCAACUGGUCUCUUGUCUCACCAAUAUCUAUACCCGACUGGAGAAGCAGCACAGCAGCUUGGUUAAUGUACCACUUUGUGUGGAUAUGUGUUUAAAUUGGCUGCUCAACGUCUACGACAUUGGCAGAAGUGGCAAGAUAAGAGUGUUAUCAUUCAAGACCGGUAUCAUCUCCCUCUGUAAAGCGCAUCUAGAGGACAAGUACAGAUUUCUCUUUAGACAAGUUGCAAGUAUAACAGGAUUCUGUGAUCAGAGGCGGCUGGGUCUUUUGCUCCAUGAUUCCAUCCAGAUCCCACGGCAGCUUGGGGAGGUUGCAGCAUUUGGUGGCAGCAACAUUGAGCCCAGUGUCAGGAGCUGCUUCCAGUUUGCAAAUAAUAAACCAGAGUUGGAGGCUGCUGUCUUUCUGGAUUGGAUGAGGCUAGAGCCACAGUCUAUGGUGUGGCUGCCCGUGUUACAUCGUGUGGCAGCUGCUGAGACUGCCAAGCACCAGGCAAAGUGCAAUAUAUGCAAGGAGUGCCCCAUAAUUGGUUUCAGAUACCGAAGCUUAAAACACUUCAACUAUGAUAUCUGCCAAAGCUGCUUUUUCUCAGGAAGAGUAGCCAAAGGACACAAAAUGCAGUAUCCUAUGGUGGAGUACUGCACACCAACAACAUCAGGUGAAGAUGUGCGGGACUUUGCAAAGGUGCUGAAGAACAAAUUCAGAACAAAGCGCUAUUUUGCCAAGCAUCCACGCAUGGGCUAUUUACCUGUUCAAACUGUACUUGAGGGAGACAACAUGGAAACUCCUGUUACCCUUAUCAACAUCUGGCCUGUAGAGCAUGCUCUAACGUCCUCGCCUCAGCUCUCUCAUGAUGACACACAUUCACGGAUUGAGCAUUAUGCCAGCAGAUUGGCUGAAAUGGAAACCAGAAAUGGCACGUAUUUGACUGACAGCAUCUCACCCAAUGAGAGCAUGGAUGAUGAGCAUCUGUUGAUUCAGCACUACUGCCAGAGCCUUAACACAGGUUCCUCACCCUCCCAGCCCCGCAGCCCGGCUCAGAUACUUAUUUCCAUGGAGACAGAGGAGAAGGGAGAGUUAGAGAAAGUCUUAAAUGAUUUGGAACAAGAGAACAGGAAACUACAAGCAGAGUAUGAUCGUCUUAAAAAAGCUCAUGACCGUCAAGGUCUUGCACCACUGCCAUCACCCCCUGAGAUGAUGCCAGUAUCCCCACAGAGCCCCCGUGAUGCUGAGCUCAUUGCUGAGGCCAAACUCCUCCGUCAGCACAAAGGUCGUCUUGAAGCACGUAUGCAGAUUCUAGAGGAUCACAACAAACAGCUUGAAUCUCAACUGCAUCGACUCCGACAAUUACUGGAGCAGCCACAGACGGAGUCCAAGGUGAAUGGCACUGCUCUCUCAUCUCCCUCUACAUCCUCACAACGCUCUGACUCCAGUCUCCCCCUUCUGCGUGUAGCAGCCAGCCAGACUACUGAUACAAUGGGUGAUGAGGAUUUGUCAAGUCCAUCACAAGAUGCAAGUUCGGGGCUGGUGGAGGUGAUGGAGCAGCUCGGCAGCACUUUUCCUCAUAGCCAGGGUGUGUGUGUUGGCAGUUUGUUUCAUAUGGCAGAUGAUGUGGGCCGUGCAAUGGAGUCCCUGGUUAAUAUGAUGACAGAAGAUGCAGCAAACUGACUGACAUUGGCCUCCCAUGCAAGUAAAAUGGACAUGUUUACAAGGAAGAAAAUCUAUAUGAAUCUAUUUUUGCUGAGUGAUCUUGGUUCCAAUACUUGUAGAUUUCAGUAGUUUCUUACAGUAAAUUGUUUUAUUAACAAAGACAGGUUUUAAACUUCUAUGCAAUUGUUUAAAAACAAUCUGUGAAUCUUGUCAAUGUACUGGCUAUUUCUUUCUAUGAAACAUAUUUCAAACAUUUGUAUUGACUAAAAGGAGUGAUUGUAAACAUAAGGGUGUUUUAUAUUUAAAAAAAAAAAUAUAUUAAUAACUGAACUGCAUAUUCAUCACAUGCUUACUAAAAUGCAAGAUGGUUAUCAAAUAAAUCAUUUUUUGACUGAGUUUCUACGAAUGCAGUAAAUUGCCAGACAGAAGGUAAUGUCCUUCAAGGAAGGAAAAAAAUGUUUUCAACUUUUUGUAUGAAACACUGAUACUGACAAAUUCAUUAUUUUGGUUGAUUUGUUAUAUGAUAAAAAGCUGUUUUAGUCUGUCCACUGGAAUUACCGCACGAUACAUUUCUGAAAUUUCAGUAUAAAAAUAUGCUCUACAUUUACAUAAAAAUUGUUUAGUAUUUGAGUACUGGAGGGUAUGAUUGUAUUGUUUUGUCUUUGAACAAUUACCUUUUUACUCUUGCUAGUUGGUGUUUUAUUUAUGAUUGAUUUUUCCACCAUUAACACUAAUUGAUAAUAUUAGCUGCUGAUAUUUUUUUAUAAUAGCAUCAGAGAAGGUUUUAACAGGAUGAAAUCUCAUGUGCUAUGCAUAGUAAAUGAUUAUUAAUAAUCUUCAUUAUGACCGUAUGUCAAUGAAAGGUCUUAUAUACUGUGAGAUGAUAACUCAUCAGUGGUAAUGAUCAAGUCUGGGUGAUUGUCUGAUUGUUAGUGAUUUCCACUACUGUGGAACUACUGUGGAUCUUUACUGACUACUGUUUCUCCACAAAGGCUGGUGCUUCAGUGAUAACAAAUGAUUAAUGAUUAGGUCAAGGAUCUGUCACCCUCCUGCACAAUAUUUUGUGCAUGCCAAUAGACUGAACAAAACAAGCACAUCCUAUGAUAGAUUAAAAUUCAUUUUUGCACACUGUUCUAGUCCAUGUCUGGUACUGGUAUGUUUUGUUUUAGUGAACGUGUGUUAUAUACAUUUGACCUUUUUGUUUUUUUGCCUAAUUGGAAAAUAAAACUUGUGUGAAAUCACUGGUGAUGGAUAAGGAAAGAAUAACCACAUUUUCCAUGGUAUUUCGCAUGUUUGAAAAGUACAAUUAAUUAACUUAUAUAGAGGAUGCUUUUUUGUCACUUAAUAUUUGACAUUUUGACUUUCCUAACAUCAGAUCUGCCUUACUGUUGUACAAUUAAUGCUUUACUGUGUACAUCAAUAAAGCAUGACAUUCUAGCA